AUCGGCAGCGAAUGCAUCCGACUGCCGCAGUAGCCGUUCGAACGUCACGUUGCCACUAUCAUGGCUCAAAUGAUGGCCUAAAGGGUGCAUCCAAUACAGAAAUAACAAGCAAAGACUAUGAAGACCAGUGCGAUUUGUUUAGUGAUCUGGCUGUUUAAUCUUAUCGAGGCUCAGAGGACGCCUCUGAUCGAUUCCGUCUGCCAGGCGGUUCAGAGGCAGCGACUCGAGUGCCAAGUGCAUCGCGUGGAGACCGCCGAUGGGUAUCUCCUCAGUGUCCACCGAAUUCCCGCGCCGCGUAAUCCGGCCUGUCCCCGACAGCUGCGUCCGUUCCUUCUGAUGCAUGGCCUGCUAGGCUCCGCCGCCGACUUCGUAUCUGGAGGAGCGGGGAGGUCUCUUGCUUUGGAGCUCCACGCCCGCUGCUUCGACGUGUGGCUGGGCAAUGCCCGGGGCACCACCCACUCCCACAACCACCGCAGCCUGUCGCCAAGCGAUGCUCGCUUCUGGCAAUUCAGCUGGCACGAGAUUGGCGUCUACGAUCUGCCCGCCACCGUGGAUUAUGUCCUGGCCCGUACAGGGAAGCAGCAGCUGCACUACGUCGGCCAUUCACAGGGGACCACAGUUUUGCUGGUGCUCCUGUCACAGCGACCGGAGUACAAUGCGAGGUUCGCCGAUGCGAACCUGAUGGCGCCAGUCGCCUUUCUCAAGCACCUAAGCAGCCCACCGCUGCGGCUUCUGGCGAGCGACAGUUCCGCGGUAACGCUGCUUCUCAAUAAACUUGGCCUCCACGAACUGCUGCCGGCAUCGGCACUGACCCAGGUGGGCGGACAGUACUUCUGCAGCUCCACCCUCCCCACCUACGCCCUCUGCACAUUCUUCACCUCCCUGUACGUGGGCUUCAGCGACUAUCCAUUGGAUCGUAACAUCUUGCCACGCAUCCUGGAGACGACACCGGCGGGCAUAUCCCGUCGCCAGCUUCAGCACUUUGGACAGCUCAUCAAUAGCGGAACCUUUCAACAGUUCGAUUACCGUUCGCCCAGGAUUAACACACAGCGUUAUGGUCAGGCCACGCCCCCCUCGUAUCAGUUGGCCAAUGUCCGCCUUCGGCUGCAAAUCUUCCACGGGUCGCGAGAUGUGCUGUCCAGUCCGGUGGAUGUGCAACGCCUCGGCAGGGAGCUGAGGCACAGCAGCAUUCAGAUGUAUCAAGUGUCCGGCUAUAAUCAUAUUGACUUUCUGUUUGCCGUCACAGCGCCGCAACUGGUAUACCAACGAAUUAUUCAACAGGCUUGGCAGUUGGACGCAGUAUCGGUGGCACUGCCCGGCGGCUGA